AUGUCGUUUCGGCGUACUGAAAUUUAUCAUCACGAACAAUGGUGCCAAUCUGAACAGUCAUUUGAUGAAGAUAUCAGUGAACAAUUCAAAAUCACUCAUAAGAACUCUACCGCCUACCGGCCACAGAUGAACGGAGCUGUAGAAGCUGCCAAUAAAAACAUCAAAAGAAUUUUGAGGAAGAUGGUUGACAACUCCAAAAAUUGGCACGAACAGCUGCCUUACGCUUUGUUGGGAUACAGAACAAUAACCAGAACUUCCACCGAGGCAACUCCAUACCUCCUCGUUUACGGUAUAGAAGCAAUCAUACCCGUGGAAGUGGAAAUCCCUUCACUCAAAAUUAUUCAAGAGGCAGAACGGAAAGAUGCAAAAUGGGUCAAGAACCGUUAUGAACAAUUGGCCAUGGUAGAGGAGAAACGAAUGGUGGCAGUAUGCCACGGACAACUGUUUUCCUUGUUACAGGACAACAACAAAGCAAAGGCAAAAGCACAAACUGAGGAGAGAGAUCGAAAGGAUCACAACGAAAAAUGCUUAGAGUCGAAUGAAGAUGUAUGCGGACCAGAGGGUUUGGGAUUUAGAGUUUGGGGUAGACAACCAGGUGCUUCUGAAGAUCUCACCCAUGAAGGGUAUUAUGUGAUUUGGGAAGAGGGGAAGUUGAGCCCGAGGUACCUUAGCCCAUUUAAGGUUCUCCGUAAAGUUGGAGAUCUUGCUUAUAAUUUGGCAUUGCCACCGAGCCUAUCAGGUGUUCAUCUAAUUUUUCAUAUGCCCAUGCUGAAAAAGUAUCAUUCUGAUGGUUCCUAUAUAGUUUGUUGGGAUUCUGUGUUGCUUGAUGAGAAUAUGUCUUAUGAGGAGGAGCCUAUAGCGAUCUGA